AUGGUGGUCUUUGCAUUCUACGUCUUCGAUAGACAUGCGGAGUGUAUCUACAAGAGGCGCUGGCAAGAUGCCCUCCCUGGUGCAUCUGCCACAUCUUCACGUCCUCCGUCCCAGUCUACGGUAGCCAACGCUCCCACUCCUGCUCGCCAAUCUCUAAAGUCAGACGAUGAUGCGAAGUUGAUAUUCGGCACUGUGUAUUCGUUGCGUAACAUGGUACGGAAGCUGGGUGGUGAAGACGACAGGCAUGACUUUCCAUAUGCUUGCAGCUUUCUAUCAUAUCGAACCUCCCAAUACAAGCUCCAUUACUACGAAACGCCAACAAACAUCAAAUUCGUCAUGUUGACAGAUGUAAAAGCCAACUCAAUGCGACACGCCCUGCAGCAGAUCUACGUCAACAUCUACGUCGAGUACGUCGUCAAAAAUGCCCUGUCUCCUGCAGAACAUCCUGGAGGGAUCGGUGUCGACAACGAACUAUUUGAAGCCAGUCUGGACGUGUUCGUCGAACGAGUACUGAACACACAACCACCAGAUCCUCGGGCCUGA